AUGUCAGGCAGAGAUAGAAAGUUUAACAAUAACAAGAGAAAAUAAAACUUCAAUGAUAUGAAGAAGAAGAAAUAGAAAUAAGUCAAAGAAGAUUAAUACGAUGAAGAAGAAGAAGAAGUAGAAGCUCAAGAUUUAUUACAAGACUAAGACGAAUCUGACAAUGAUGUUGAUUUAAAAAAAGCAACCACUUCUUCUAAGGCUGAAGAAAAAGAUGAAGCUGAAAAAGAAAGUGAAUAAAAAGCCACUGAAGCAGAAGAAGAUAAUGAAGAUUUCUUAACAAAGGAUGAUGUAUAAGAUAAACGUAAAGUCUACGUAAUUCUUGAAAAGUGUCCUUUAGAAACAGCCAAGUUAGGAAAAGAUUUUGUUUUAUUGAAUUCUGAUGAACACAAGGGUUAUAUUUCUAAGAAAUUGAAGAAAGAUUUCUCAACAUACAGACCCGAUAUUGUUCAUCACUCUUUGCUUUCUUUGAUGGACUCUCCUUUAAAUAAAGCUGGCUUAUUGCAAGUUUACAUUCACACUGAAAAUAAUGUUUUAAUAUAUAUUUCUCCUAACACUAAAAUCCCAAGAACUUAUAAGAGAUUUGCAGCUCUUUUCGCAUAAUUGCUCACAAAAUUGAAGGUUAGAGCUGUAUAAAGCAGUGAAACUUUACUUAAAAUCGUUAAAAAUCCUGUUACUCAACAUCUCCCUUCAGAUGCCAUGAAAAUUGGUAUGUCUACCUAAGCCCGUUUAGUAAGUUUUAAGGAAUACAUCGAAAAGUUACCUAAAAACAAGCCCGUAGUUUAUAUUGUUGGUGGUGUUAGCAAAGGUAACCCUGCUAUGGAAGUUGACUAUGCUGAUGAGCACAUCUGUAUUUCAAAAUACGGUCUUUCAGCCGGUUACUGCAUAUCCAGAAUGAUGAACUGCUAUGAAUAGAUGUGGAAUAUCAAUUGA